UUCGUCGUUUUAGCUUUGUACUUCUUCCUGCGGCCUAUCAACUUUAGAGUGAUCCUCAGGCAACCAGUGCUUUCUUGUUAGUUGUUUUUCUCAGUGCUCCUGUUUCGCCAUUCGCUGAAGGAAGCGAAAGGCACGCACCAUCAAAACCCCGGUUUAGGCGUCGCAAUCCAACAGCCGCGAUGUUCAAAAGAUUCCGACGCGCGAAGUCCGACCGAGGGAGCGAACAAGAGAGCCUUCAGACAGAGUCAGCUUCCUCACAGCGACAUGGAUCAACAGACUCAUCGUUUUCCGUUUUGAACCAAAAGCUCUUUGCGAGACUUCAAGUCGGCAGGUCUAAAAGCGAAGGCUUUUCAUCCGACAAUGCUUCGCUUCCGAGCCGGGAAGCGCUGAACGCGGCAACUGAUUUGGGUCUUCACAUAAUUCACCAACCGGGACCCUCGGCACCCCUCGAUAUAAUAUUCGUUCACGGCCUAGGUGGUCAUAGUCGGAAGACGUGGUGCGAGGGCCACGAUGAGAACCUCUUCUGGCCAAGGCUUUGGCUACCUCUCGAGCCGGACGUUGGAAAGGCACGCAUAUUCACCUUCGGAUAUAACUCGUCCUUUCGGACCAACGCUGGGAAGAGCAUUUCAAAUAUUGCAGACUUUGCCAAGGAGCUGUUAUUUGAAAUGCGCUUCGCCAAAUCUACCUCAGGAGAAGACCUCCACAUCGGAAGGGUACCUAUCAUCUUCGUUGUACAUUCCAUGGGCGGCUUGGUGGUAAAGAAGGCUUGCCUACUAGGCAACAAGGACGAACAGUACCGACACAUUGUAAGCUCUGUAUCGGCUAUCGUUUUUCUGGCAACACCGCACCGAGGCUCAAAUCUGGCCGAGACGUUGAACCGAGUGCUUGCGGCCUCUUUUCAGUCGCGCAAAAAUUUCAUUGACGAUCUCAAGAAGAGCUCUCGAGCCGUCGGGGAGGUGAAUGAAGAAUUUCGGCACUUCUCUCCCCACAUGUCACUGUGGUCGUUCUAUGAAACAUUGGCCACUAAUAUUGGGCCAAAAAAACUCAUGAUUGUGGAUAAAGAUUCAUCGGUUCUCGGCUACCCCGAAGAAGUUUCGAGGCCACUGAAUGCGGACCACCACGAGGUAUGCAAAUACUCCGGCCCCAACGACGCAAAUUAUUUGAGUGUUCGAAACGCUCUGAAAACAUUAGCUACUCGUUUCAUUUUCAAGGGAGCUGAAGUUAUGAACAAUCAAGCAAACGAAGAAGAGCAAUUUUCCCGAAAACUAUUUCGCAUUCGCAACAGCCCACAGGAUGACUUUGAUGCCUUUCAUCGGUUGUGGAUGCAAGGGACCUGUAGCUGGUUUCUAUCCGAGCCUCAGGUUUCAUCCUGGCUGGAGCCCACCCCUGGAUCUCGGAUUUUAUGGUAUAAUGCACCUCCAGCCAGCGGAAAAUCCGUCUUAGCAUCUCACGUUAUCAAUCAUCUCCUACAAACAGGCGCGGCUUGCCAAUACCAUUUUUUCAGGUUCGAUAAUCAAGAGAAACGUUCACUUAGCGCCUUCGUCCGGUCGAUGGCCUAUCAGCUUGCCAGAGACACACCGGAACUGAGGCGGCUCCUUGUAGACUUGACAACGGAAGACCUUAGGUUGGAGUCAGCGGAGCCCAGUUUGCUCUGGCAGAGAGUCUUCCAGAACCUCUUAUUCCACAUGGAAACUCCACAACCAUUUUACUGGGUCAUCGAUGCGAUGGAUGAGUGCGAAUCCCCAAAAAGACUUGGAGAUUUGCUGCAGACUAUAUCGACCUCUCAUGUUGGCAUAAAGGUCUUAGUUUUGAGCCGCGAGUCCCACCAAUUACGUGUUGCCUUUCAACGUUUUCCUCAUGACAUGGAUGUGAACCUGAUGGAACUUUCCGAUCAAAGCCGGCAUUCUCGGGACAUUCAAAUGCUCGUUGACAGCGAGGUCAAGCAUAUGCGAGGAGAACAUGAGUUCAAAGAAAGGGUCGUCAAAAGGAUCAUGGAAAGAGCACACGGCAAUUUCCUCUGGGCUCGCCUAAUUCUGGAAGAUAUCGUCGAUUGCCACACACACGAAAGUAUCCAAGAGGCAUUGGAUCAGAUUCCAACCGACAUGGACAGACUGUACCACCGAAUGGAAGUUGCCAUAAUGAGAAGCCCCCGCCAAUCCGACGUGCGAUUGGCGAAGGUACUACUUCAAUGGACGAUUUGCUCGCGAAGGUCAUUGAGCCUUACCGAACUGUCCCAGGCGCUGACGGAAGACUUCCCUGGCAUCCUUGAUCUCAAACUUACUAUUCAAGAUAUCUGCGGGCAGUUCGUUCGCGUUGAGCCAAACGGCAAAGUUGUAAUGUUGCAUCAGACGGCGCGCGACUAUUUAAUACAGCCAAGGAACAGCGAGUUGGUCAUCAACCUAGAGCACUCGCACCAACAGCUUCUUACGAAGACUCUGUUGAUACUUCUUAGCCCCGAGCUAAGGUCCCGAAUACCACACACCGCGCAGACUCUCCAGGACAGAGAGCCCUUCACAGUAUAUGCCGCCACUUCAUGGUCAUUUCACUUGCAACAUAGUGAAUCAGAAUCCGAUACCAUUCUCGAUAUCCUUGGAAGUUUCUUUAAAAGCACUUCAGUACUGGUUUGGAUCCAUGUAUUGGCAUUGACUGGCCAAUUGGAGAUUCUUGUAAAGUCCUCAAAAACACUGAGCAAUUUUGUUGCCAAGAUCCGCAAAAGCAAUAAGGUUCGAAAUCCAAUGCUUCACAGGCUUUCGGAUCUUGACUUAUUGGACCAAUGGGCUGUAGAUCUGGUGAAGGUCGUGGGAAAGUUCAGCAAGCACUUGCUCACCGAUCCUUCGACUAUUUACAAGCUGGUACCCCCAUUCUGCCCGGAAAAUUCUGUCCUCCACCGGCAAUUCUAUCAGCCAGAACUGUCGGGUAUCUCACUUUCUGGCACUUUUGGAACAUACUGGAGCGAUAACUUAGCGAAGAUCUACCUUCCGGAUGGUGUUCAAGCCUGGAAUAUUGCAUCCGCAGGAAGGCAUAUCGCUAUUCUUGGACCUAUUGGCGUCAUAUUCAUCUGGAACUCACAAAACUUCACAGAAAUUGCCAUUUUGCGUCAUUCAGAGCAUGUUACAGCCAUGUGUUUCAACAGCAACGGGACGAAAUUGGCCACUUUCGGUCUUCGAUUUACGAAGCUUUGGUCGAUUCCUUCAGGCGAAUUGUUGGGAACAACGCCAAAUCCUACGGGGAGUAGGGCAAUGACCAUGAUUUUUGCAGAAUAUGACUCGGUGCUGGUAGCAGGGUCGAAUGAUAAGAUAAUACGACGACUUCAGCUAAGUGAUAUCGAGACGGGUUGGAGCAUCAUUGAAGCGAGCCUGGACAAGGACGGAGCAAAGAUCGAAGGAGCCCUCAUGAAUACCCCGGUAUGCAUGGCUUUGAAUGCAAAUGCCUCCCAGGUGGGCGUCUCAUACCGCGGAUUCCCAUUAUCAGUCUACAACCUCAAUGACACCCGGACUGUGCAAAGGUGUAGGCGCGCGACCAGCUUUCAGGGGAAAUCUAGCCAAGCUUCCGCCAGCUGGUUCGCUGUCGACCGUUUUACUUGGAACCCUGUCACCGGCCACAUUAUUGGCGUCUACAAAGACGGCUGCGUCUUCAAGUGGCACCCCCUUACCGACGAAAAUCUUGAGGUCCAAUCAGCCGCGGACGAGAUCUCCGUCAGUUCCAACGGGAAACUUUUCAUCACGAGUAGCAGUGAUGGUACUGUGAAGGUGUGGAAUUUUGCCUACUUUUCAGUCAUUUAUCAAAUUUUCUCGGAUGAUUUGGUCACCGGGUUGACCUUCAGCCCGGAUUGUAGACGCUUUUACGACAUGCGCGGGAAUUGCGUCAAUGCCUGGGAAUCCAACAGCCUGAUCCGCUUUGCCGAUGAUGAAGACGUGGUUAGUGAGACUUCCAGUGAGGCUCAAACGUCGACUUGCGUGUCCAAAGCGUCGGAGAUGUGGUUGUCCCAAUUUGAUGCCAUAUCUGCAUUGACGGUGGCACCAGACAGUGAUUUCUUCUGCUCUGGAAACGAAGAUGGAUCUGUUCGGCUGCACAGUAUCCGGAAUUCUGAGUAUGUUGAGAUCCUCAAAUUCCACAACUUCUUGAGUGUAUGCCAUGUGGAGUGGGGCCCGAAUUCACAAUACAUCGCUACAGCCGAUCUAAGCGGGCAGAUCAACAUCAUGAAUAUUCAAAUACCAAUGGGCAGCAUAGAUCCCAUCUCGAAGAUAACAACCCUGGCCCUACCAAGCCCUGGUGUUCAGCUCAGUGAGCAGAGUAUUCACCAAAUUCUCUUCAGCCACGACUCGACUCUUUUGUUGAUCAGCACUGGCGGCACCAGUCAAAUCUGUACAGUGGAAGACGGUAAGGUAGCAUCAUCUCGUGCUCUUCAAGACAGUUCUUCCAGGAAAUGGAUCAACCACCCAAUUAACGAUCAACUCUUCCUUGGCGUUGGUCCGGUCGAUAUACAAGUAUUUCGUUGGCGCGAUUUCGAUGUGCUGCCAACUCUCAUUUUCCAUGAGUCCCACAAAUCGUCAUCAUUCGACCAGCGCUCGAGCCAUGAUGAUGACAGAGAGUCCCCGAAGCAUUUAGGCGGCUCGCAUGAUGCGUCAUCCAUUAUGAAAGUGGCUAUCACGCAAGAGGGAAUGCAUAUGCUUGUCCACCUGAGAGAUGGCUCCGUCCAUGGCAAAAUUACGACAUGUCUGCUUCUUAUCCCUAUCACCAACCUCACCAUUCCCGAAUAUCGAGACUCUUCGGCCACCAUAACCAUUAUUCGCAUACCAAAUGCAGUAUCGGAAAGAGUCAAGGUGCCUUUAGGAGUGCUUCCCGGGUCAAGGUUAAUCUUCCUGGACCACGACCUCUGGGUGUGCACUUUCAAACUUGCAAUGCCCCACGACAAAGAAGCUGUUUACUUCCGGCGCCAUUAUUUUAUUCCUCCAGACUGGAUGAGCAAUAUCAGUACUGGCAUGUGUGCCAUAACAAAAGAUGGGACGUUUCUGUGCCCGAGAGAUGACGUAGUUGUAAUUGUUCGGAGUAGUUUGGAUGUUGACGGUUUUUGAAAUCUUCUGAUUUUCUUCUUCUUCUCUUUAAUUCCAUUCUUUAGUCUUGGCCUUGGCCUUGCUUUAUCUGUUCUUGUUAGGAUGGCCACCAGCUGUAGUCAUUGCGCUGAGAAAUCCAGUAACCUAGUUAUUCCCCAGCGACUCCACGCACACUUGAGUCUAUAGUACGCCAAUAUUUUGUCCAUACCG